GGAGGAGGGACCAGGGCAUCUGGCGGAGUUGUUCUGGACCAGAGGGCGAGAGAGUGGCUCUUCUGCGGAAAGCACGAGCGCAUCCAGGACUUUAUUCCCAGUUUCUCGUCUUCUCCCCCCUUCUGUUAUUAACCUGUCUCUUCCCAGUGAGAUGAGGAAGUGAUACCAUUGGGAUUCAGCAAGUUAUUUGGAGAGUUCGGAAGUUGUUCGAGAGAGUUCGGACGGGAGAUGGCGACGAUCAUGGGUUUCCAGUGGGUGGCGCUUUGCUGCUUCCUGAUCGGCGCUGUGACUAAUGCCCAAGAGUGCAGCACGAAACAUGAAUGUCCCAUAGACGUGUACUUCACCAUCGACACCUCGGAGACCAUCGCCCUCCAGGAGUCCCCCCCUGGAGCCCUUGUGGAAAGCAUCAAGGAAUUCACACAGAGGUUAGCAAAUCGUUUGGAGGAUGUUGAGUACAAGGGGUUGGUCAAGAUGCGGUGGAACGUAGGUGGGCUUCACUUCUCCCAGACACAGGUGACCAGCUCCAUUGGACCAAAGGAUGCCUUCAUGAAGUGGGUGAAGAAUAUCGUCUACCUGGGCAAGGGCACCUACAUCGACUGCGCCCUCCGCAAAAUGACGGAGGAGCUGGGCGCGCGGGUGAGCACGCCCUCCGACCAGCGCACCCUGCGCUUCGCCGUGGUCAUCACCGACGGCCACGUGACCGGCAGCCCCUGCGGCGGCAUCAAGGUGACGGCCGAGCGGGCGCGCGACGAAGGCAUCCGCAUGUUCGUGGUGGCGGCGUCCAAGAACGUAGACGAGACGGGCCUGAAGGAGAUCGCCAACUCGCCGGCCUCCGUGUACCGCCGCGACUUCAUGGCGGUGGACCUGAGCCAGGGCCGACCAGUCAUCCACGACGACACCAUCAAACGCAUCGUCGACACCAUGGUUCACCUGGCGUACGUCGAUUGUUACAAGGUGUCCUGUCUGGAGACCCCGGGCCCGUCUGGUCCGAAGGGACACAGGGGUCAGAAAGGAGCCAAGGGGGACAACGGAGACCCAGGUCUUAAAGGGAGCUUUGGUCGUCCCGGAGACCCCGGUAUCGAAGGUCCCAUUGGUCAGCCUGGUAUCAAAGGAGAAAUCGGCCUCUUAGGAGACAAGGGAGAGAUUGGAACCGAAGGAAAGAAGGGUGUCGCCGGUCUCCCAGGACGCAACGGGACAGACGGACAGAAGGGUAAGAUCGGACGCAUCGGGGCCCCGGGCUGCAAAGGAGAUCCAGGCGACGUGGGUCCCGAUGGUCACCCCGGAGACGUGGGUACGGCUGGUCUCGGCGGAACCGAUGGAGAGAAGGGAGAUGGUGGUCGCCCUGGGAGAUUCGGCCCACCUGGGCCUGCUGGAGACGGGGGACCAAAGGGAGAUAGAGGAAGUCCUGGCUCGCCUGGUAUCCCCGGACAGAAAGGGACCUCAGGAACAAUAGGAUCUCCAGGGGCCAAGGGAGAAUUGGGCAGGAGGGGAGACUUUGGGCCCAAGGGUGGCAUGGGAACGGACGGAGGGAGCGGAGACAAGGGUGAGAUGGGGCCCGAGGGCUUGAGGGGACUUCCUGGUGAGGUGGGGUCCAAGGGCUCAAAGGGUGACAACGGCCUCCCAGGACCCAGAGGACCGGCAGGAGCAUCAGGGGAGCCCGGGAGAAACGGUACGCGUGGAGACCCCGGUGAUGCCGGCCCCAGAGGCGAGCCUGGACUACAGGGGCCCAAGGGUGAUGGAGGAAGACCAGGCUUCAGCUACCCGGGACCAAGGGGACCAUCGGGAGACAGAGGAGUGAAGGGCAACCACGGACCCAGAGGCAGCAGAGGGGACUGCGGCCACAAGGGAGAGGCCGGGGGGAAGGGUACCCCAGGAGAGCUGGGAGAGCCCGGACCCGGAGGGGAGCCCGGCCGCAGGGGCACAAGAGGAGAGCUCGGACGGGACGGGGACCCCGGCCCCGAGGGAGAUCCUGGUCUGACGGAGUGUGAUGUCAUGAACUACAUCAGAGAGACGUGCGGCUGCUGUGACUGUGAGAAGCGUUGUGGCGCCCUGGAUAUUGUGUUUGUGAUUGACAGUUCCGAGUCGGUGGGUCUGACAAACUUCACGCUGGAGAAGAACUUUGUGAUCAACACCAUCAACAGACUGGGCUCCAUGUCCAAAGACCCCAACUCAGCCACCGGCACCAGGGUGGGUGUGGUCCAGUACAGUCACAGCGGAACCUUCCAGGCCAUCCGUCUCAACGACCCAAAGAUCGACUCCCUGUCCGCUUUCAAGGAUGCGAUGAAGAGUCUGGAGUGGAUCGCGGGGGGCACCUGGACGCCCUCAGCGCUGAAGUACGCCUACGACCACCUGAUCCGGGACAGCCGGCGUGCCGAAGCCAACGUCACCGUGGUGGUGAUCACCGACGGGCGCUUCGACCCGCGAGACGACGACUCCCUGCUCACCUACCUCUGCAGCGACCCCACGGUGGACGUGAGCGCCAUCGGCAUCGGGGACAUGUUCGACAAGGUGGAGGAGAGCGAGAGCCUGAAGAGCAUCGCGUGCAACAAGGACGGCCGCGUGCUGGGCAUGAGGCGCUUCGCUGACCUGGUGGCCGAGGAGUUCAUCGACAAGAUCGAGACCGUGCUGUGCCCAGAUCCCGUCAUCGUCUGCCCAGAUCUUCCAUGCAAAUCAGAGCCGGCGGUGGCGAGCUGCGUGCAGCGGCCGGUGGACCUGGUCUUCCUGCUGGACGGCUCGGAGCGCAUGGGCCUGGAGAACCACCGCCACGCCAAGGAGUUCGUGGAGAACGUGGCGCGCCGCCUCACGCUGGCCAACGGCCAAUCGGACGAGAGGAACGCCCGCGUGGCGCUGCUGCAGUACGGCAGCCAGGCGGAGCAGAAGGUGGAGUUUGGGCUCACGCACAACCUCACCGUCAUCUCCGACUCGCUGGCCGCCAUGACCUACAUGGACUCCUCGUCCUCGCUGGGCAGCGCCAUCAUCCACGCCGUUAACAACCUGGUGAUGUCACAGGGCAGCCGCCUGGCGCGCCGCAACGCCGAGCUGUCCUUCGUCUUCAUCACGGACGGCGUCACGUCCAGCGAGAACCUGGAGGAGGGCGUGUCGGCCAUGCGCCGCGCCGAGGGCGUGCCCACCGUGAUCGCCAUGGGCUCCGACGCCGACACCGAGGUGCUGAGGAAGGUGGCGCUGGGCGACGCCGCCGCCAUCUUCCGCGGCGAGGACUACACCUUGCUGAACAAGCCGUCCUUCUUCGAGCGCUUCGUCCGCUGGAUCUGCUAGGGAGGGAGGAAGAGGAGGGGGAGGGGGGGGAGGGGGAGGGGGGGCGCGGGGGAGGGGGAGGGGCCCAUCACCACGCACGCCAUUCAUAGAAUUAGAAUCACUAGAAUGUUAGAAGAAAGCAUAAGAUGGACCCACUCUCCGGUGUGAGUGCAGGGAGCGGGAGGCGGCGGCGUUGAGCUGGAGCUGUGCCGUUGUUGUUGAUGUGGUUGUUGUUGUUGUUGUUUUGGGGUAUCCAAACGUUGCAGGAAUCAGGGAAUCUCCAUGGCGACCUUUUCUGUUUGUAUUUUUUGAUCCAAUGGAAGUUGAGUGGGACCCCGCUUCCGGUCCGAAUGUUCCAUCUGGUUUCCCGGGCAACAGACACACGCCUUGAAAGUGUUGAUUGACAGGAAGGUUCUGUUCAUUCUAAAUCUAUGGUUUGACGCCUCGGACCAAAGAGUCGUUUUUUAAAUGAGUUGAGGUGUUUUUAAAUUGUUUGGUGCUUUAGCUGUUUUUGGUUUGUGUCCAAUUGUUUUGAUAGUGGUAGAGAAGUCGUCUCUCCCACACUCCAUGAAGGCAAUAUUUACAUUAAAGGUGCUACAGUAGAGAGCAGAACAACGCCAUUUUACUGUUUCUUGAAACGUGCUUUUUGUAUCUUUGACCCAGGGACGAGAUCAUAAGUAGUUCACACACCCACACCCAUACGUACACACAGACAUACACAUACGUACGCACACACACAUACGUGUACACACACACACACACACACACACAAACAGACUUCUGUAUGUCUACACACACCCACACACACACACAUAUAAAAACACACAUACACAUUCAAAAAAGGAAUGCAACACUUGCAGACCUACAGAAAAAUAAGAGGGAAAGUUUCACAUGAGUUUAAUAAAGCUGAAUGUGAUUAACCCAAA